UCCCACUCUUUUGUGUGUCAGCCUCCGAGUUUUUCUGCCCUAAGCACAACCCUCGCUGCUCGCUCGCGUCCCCAUUCGCAUUUCCUGGUCGUCUUUCACUCCAUCGAGAGUUGGAAUAUUGCUGUCGCUUUCAUCAUCUUGCUGCAAUCGAGCACCCUCUUCUCUUUCUUGUGAUCUUUGUCGAAGUCUGUCGGUUCUCGUUUGCUACAGCAUCUUUUAUCGGGGGAGACCGGACUGGAGGUUGUUAUCUCUCGUUUUCCUUUUGCUUCUCGACCGAGGUAGGGAUUGACAGCAGCAACGCGCGCCUUGUAUCUCAAGCGAAGUCUGCCUUCGGUCUGUAAGCUAAGAUGGACAUCAAGAAGAGAAAGGUAGAGGAGAAUGGCACAGGAAGUGUUGUGGUGGAUUUAACAAGGGAGGACGUCAAGAAGCUCAUUGAGCCUUUCAAUAAGGAUCAACUAAUGGAUAUUUUGCAAGAUGCCGCCAUUCGACACAUGGAUGUGCUUGAAGAAAUCCGGAAACUUGCAGAUAAAGAUCCCGCUCAUCGCAAAAUAUUUGUUCGUGGCUUAGGUUGGGAUACCACAUCUGAUACCUUAAAAACCAUAUUUUCGUCGUUUGGAGAGGUUGAAGAAGGAGCGGUGAUAAUGGACAAGAGCACUGGGAAAAGUCGUGGUUUUGGAUUUGUAACGUUCAGGCAUAUGGAUGGUGCCCAACGAGCUCUGAAGGAGCCUAGCAAGAGGAUUGAUGGGCGCAUGACAGUUUGCCAACUUGCAGCAACUGGUGCCCUACCCCAGGCUCCGGUACAGGAAGUUGCAACCAGAAAGAUAUAUGUCGGUAAUGUUCCGAUGGAACUGACAGCGGAUAGGCUUCUGGCUAUGUUCGCACAGUUUGGAGAGAUCGAAGAGGGACCACUGGGUUUUGAUAAGUUCACCGGGCGCUCUCGAGGAUUUGCUCUCAUUAUCUACAAAUCCGCAGAAUCUGCCAAGAGGUCUCUGCAAGAGCCGAUCAAAACGAUUGAUGGACAUCAAAUGUAUUGCAAACUUGCUGUCGAUGGUCAGAAGCAAAAGUCGGGUGGAGUACUAGGUCAGGCUGGCAAGGGUGAUGGUUCCGAUGGUAUGAAGAAUGGUUUACAGCUUUCUAGUCAUCAAUCUGGAGUGGGUCUUGUAGGAGCUGGUGGAAACCUUCAGUAUGGAUCAAACCAUCAAGGACUGAUAAGUACCGGAAUUCCCUUGAACCAGGGACAAGGUUUAAGUCAGAGUCUUGGUCAGCUUAAUGGAGGGUUGAAUCAGGGGCUUAAUUCAAGCCUCAAUCAAGCUUUGCAUUCUGGUUUAUCGGGCCACAACCAAAGUCUCGCCAGUCUCAAUCAAUCUUUGAACUCUUCGCACCAUUCUCUAGGCCAUUCCCUCAACCCUGGCCUUACCCACUCUCUGACACCAUCAAUGAACAAUUCCUUGUCUCAGGGAUUGAACCACCAGGGUCUGUCUCAGGGUGCUGGGCAACAACUACAGGUGCAAACAUCUCUUGGCAUGGCAUCGUACGGAAAUCACGUCGGAAUUUCCGCUUACGGCUCUCAACCAUCUAUCUACAAUGGGCAGCCAACGUCGUAUUCAUCAAUGGGCGGAAUGUCCUUGUAUGGGCAGGCUAAUAAUUCUGUAAGUCAGGCAGCGGCUUUACAGAAUGCUGCUGGAGGCCAUUAUCAGUUUGCAGCUUAUGGAAACAAUCAGCUCGCAGUCACGGCCACUCCUCGAACGCCGACUGUUGGAAGCCUUUCUCAGUUGCCUUCGUACUACAAUCUCUAGGUUCUAUGAACCGUAGUCUUUUAUGGAGGUGUCGCUUUAUUCUUUUGUCGUUUAAUCUACGAUAAGAGCGCAUGAUUUGAGGCCUUUCUAUUGCACAACUCGAGCGAGCAGGAGAAGCACGGAGUCCUGUAGCAGUCAUACUUCGCAGUUGGCAGACACGGACGUGCCAGAACCAAUUUGUUGAAGUUUGACUCAUGCCAUGAGGAGAGACAUGACAGAGCUUUCUAUGGGGAAGGGAAAUCUCUUUCGAUGGAGUAUCUCAUUUUCAUCCUAUCUGGUUAUGGUAAGUGAUGGCGUGGACUGUAAGUGAGGUUUCCAUUCAAAGCUUGUUUUCUUAGGUUUUCCAUAGAUGUGUCUAUUCUUUGUAUUUCACAACCAUCUAACACUGCUUUUGCUUUCGUGUCGAAUAGAAAGUAUGUAUAUUGUAUGUUUGUACCAACCAACGUGAAGGUCGAAUAUUGGUGCAAAAGAUCCACACUUGUCCAGAGAGUUAAAUGCGAGAGUUUCUAUUCCAGGGGUACUGGAAUAGAAACUCUUCGCAGGAGUACCCCUUCGCAGGACAGGUUUAUGUCUGUGGAGUUUGUGUCGAAAAAAAGUGUCGCGACCUUAUCGAGAUUAGUCGUACAGUUUGGAUGACGUGGAAUUUUACAACUUUUGAGACUGCGGUGAAGGUAAUGAUGUUCCAUGGAUUGAUGUGUUUCCUGUUGGGCCUACAGUUCAAGCAGGUAGUAAACCCUAUGAACUAUGCUACCCAUUAGACCAGCGUCCUCGUUACCUUGUGUGUUGAGGAUAUCAUAGAGAUUAGUUUUAGGUCUAGUGCUGAGAGAACCCCAUUUUUAUGAGGAAUGGAACUGUGGGAAACUUCAAUUGAGUGGCUCCAUUCAAUUAGGUUGGAGAUAUUGUGAGGCUGAGAUAUUUUAAGAAGUUGCAUCCGCUGGCUAUCUUACAAAUGAGUUGAAAAUGGUCGUUGCAACAAAUGGCGCAUAGACAAAAGAGUUCAAAGUAAAGAAGUAAAGAAGUAAAUCAUUAGGUGGCCAUCAUUGACGAUUCUUGUUAAACCAUCAAGAAAGUAGUCGAUAGUGAACGCAUUCGUUAUAGUGACCUGUAAACUUUACUUUUGAUCAUCCAGAUCAGUACGGAGAUUUGAUGUCGGCAUAGCGUUUGUCUAGGAGUCCCAAUGAAACACAGCAUAGUGUCUCAAUAACAUACAAUGAAGACUUUUUUUAAAAAGAAGCUUUUUGUUGAAAAUGUUCAUUUCAACCCAUGUUUACUCCAAUCGCGAGAAAAGCGACUUAAGGAGCAUUUUUUCA